CACCUUCUUUGUGGAAGAUCAUACUGAUUGGCAUGACUCGUAGCCUAUGAUACCUGUUUCCAAAUUCAUUACAUUGACUUGACUGUGAUGUCUGGUCCAAUCCAAGUUUGCAUUCGAUUUCGCUACGCACGUCAUCCAGAUCUCUAGGAAAUCAUGUUUCCAAACCCGAGGCCCACAGUCAGUGUCCCAUCGGUUGAAGGCUCCGUGAAGCUGCAGCAUACGGAAGAACGCUCCCCGUGUAUUAUUUCAGGCACUCCCGCGAUGCCAUUGCCAUGAGCUUCUCGUCGGAAAAGCUUGCUCCACCUGAGAUCCGACUGCGUGCGCGGCAGCGUGGCGCCCCAGCCUCUCCCUCGACCGGCAUGGACCCCACCGACCAGUCGCCGGAGGAGAUGUACUCCGUGUGGGCCCUCCUGCCGGAGCCCGUCCGCCGCCGCCUUCUCGGCCUCAUGGCCGGCCUCCGCACCGCGCACGGCGGCGCGGCCUUCGAACCACACGCCACCGUCCUCGGAGCCAUGCGUCUCCGCCGCUCAGCCGCCGUCGAGGCGCUACGAGCCGCGGCGGCCGGCCUCCGCCCAUACACCGCCCGUACCGCCGCCAUCGGCCGCUACGGCGUCAACCUCCUCCUCGAACCGACCCGUGAGGUGAUGGCCACGAGCGACCACUGCCGCGCCCACUUCGAUUACCAGAGACCAGCUCCGUACAUGCCGCAUCUGAGCCUCCUGUAUGGAGAUCACCUGACGGAGGAGGAGAUGGCAGCUGCAAGGAAGAAGGCAGGGGAGAUGGACAAGGGAAUAUUUGGGUUGCAGUUCGAGAUAUCCGAGCUCGCGCUUUACAAAACGGAUCCGAAGGACAAGAGCUUGGAGUCGUGGGAAUUGGUUGAGCUGUGCCACCUUCAGAACAAGUGAUUUCAGUUUGCUCCCAAUGCAUGCUGAUGCUGCAGGCUGCCACGUAUCUAUAUUUGUGGCUUAUGUUGUGGACGUGUAGUAGUAAUAAGCAGUAUACUAGUACAUGUAUGAUAUGUCUCCGGAGACCUUCUGCUUGGAAUAUAAGGAGUUAAUGUAA